CACUUGGGACACCCCUCCUUGAGGAUUUCCCGGUCACGUGACUGGCGUGUCUUCAACCUGCCCUCUCCCGGCUCACUGUCAGCGACCGUCAAUAACGGAAAAGCAUGGCAGGAGAUCCCAUGUCAUGUGACUGCUUUGUUUCCUUGCCCCCCGGCUCCCGUGACGACCACGUCAUUUUUGGCAAGAACUCCGACCGUCCCCGGGAUGAGGUGCAGGAGGUGGUCCACUACCCUGCAGCGUCUCACCCCGCGGGCACCACACUGGAGUGUACAUACAUCCAGAUCCCUCAGGCGGCGCAGACCCACGCCGUCAUUCUCAGUAAACCAGCAUGGAUAUGGGGGGCUGAAAUGGGAGCCAACGACCAGGGAGUGUGUAUUGGGAACGAGGCGGUCUGGACCAGGGAGGACGUUACCCCCGGAGAGGCUUUGCUGGGCAUGGACCUCGUGAGGCUGGGUCUGGAGCGCGGUGACAGCGCCUGGGCGGCGCUCACCGUCAUCGCUGGCUUGCUCGAGCAGCACGGCCAAGGGGGUCCAUGUAGGGAGGAUCCAGAACCCUUCAGCUACCACAACACCUUCCUUCUGGUGGACCGGAAUGAGGCCUGGGUUCUGGAAACUGCAGGCAGGCUGUGGGUCGCACAGAAAAUCUCGGAAGGAGUGAAGAACAUUUCCAACCAGUUGACCAUCGGCACUGAGAUCUCAGCGGAGCAUCCGGAGCUGCGGAGCGUGGCCCAGACUCAGGGCUGGUGGGACGGUGAAGUCGAGUUUAACUUCUCUCAAGUGUUCAGCCCUGAAAAGCCGCCCGCCAGGAUGGAGCUGGCCAAGCAGCGCUACAAGGGGGGCACACAGCUCCUAGAGCAACAUGAUGGUACCAUGACGGCAGAGGUGAUGAUGGCGAUCCUGAGGGACAAGCCCAGUGGCAUCUGCAUGGACUCUGGAGGUUUCUGCACCACAGGCAGCAUGGUGUCGAUCAUGCCCCGAGAUCCCAGCCUGCCCUGCAUUCAUUUCUUCACUGCUACCCCAGACCCGUCCAGGUCUAUAUUCAAGCCUUACAUCUUCUCUGACGAUUACACCCCAGUGCUCAGGGUGGUCUCCCCGCAAUUUGGCCCUGACGAUCCUGUGAGGAAGCAGCCACGUUUUCAGGGCCGGGUGGACCGCAGACAUGACCUGUACAAGGCCCACCAGGAGGCACUAAACACCAUGAAGACCAACCCGGACAAGGGCUUUGCUGUCUACGAGGUUUUGAGGGACCUGGAGUCACAGUGUCUGAGCGAGAUCUCAGACAUGUUGAACGGAGACAUCCCAGCCGAUGAAUUGGGAAACUUGUUUUUCGAUUGUGUGGACGCAGAGAUCAAGUUCUACCAAUGAGGAGGUGGGAGUUCAAGUGACCACACAAGCAAAUCAAAAGACUCGCCCUCCUUUCUGCACAUUCCUGGCAAAGGCAGAGCUUCAAGGACCACGGGAUGGUGGAAUCCUCAUCCUCCAACUUGCCUCUGCCUCACAGCACACAUCCCUGACACAGCUCCAUCGUUCAUUCAGACUCCAUGUCUAACAUGCAUCUGAUAUGUCAUCACCUGGGAACAAUGCCUGCACCACGUAGGGGUAGACUGCACUAGCACUAACGUAGUGGCGGGAUCUUGCACAACUACUGGAAGUAUGCAAUUCGAUUAAAGUGUGACUUGUUGGACGAGAAUGUUGUGUCAUUCCAGGGCUGCCAACAGGACAACAUGUGAUACAAAUGUUUCGAGUGGGGGAGUUGGAAUGAUAAGGAAAGUUCCCAAUAAGUACCCAAUAAAUCUACUAGUACAUGCAGGGGCUCUCCACAUCCUUGUACUGCACAGACAAAAGUUUGAUUCUGUAAUUGAUAAGAACAUUAAGUAACAUUUAAUAUGGUUUACCGUGACCC